CGCCAUUUUGACGCCUGGUGAUAUUUUUUACUCGGGAGACGAUGAUGAUACGACUCAAGAAUUCAAGUUUUUGAAGGAAUUUGUGGCAUUCAAGUUUUCAAAGUGAAUGUAUUCACAGUCAGCAAAAAGAUGACUACACAGAGUGUCCAGGUAAAACUGGAGCUUGGCCAUCGAGCCAACAUCCGAGAUAAACGGACUCCGCAAGGUUUCACCCAUGACUGGCUCGUGUUUGUCCGAGGGCCGGAGGGAAGCAACAUCCAGCAUUUUGUUGAUAAGGUGGUGUUUCAACUCCAUGAAAGCUUCCCGAAGCCAAGGAGAGUUGUGAAGGAGCCCCCCUACGAGGUUUCUGAAUGUGGUUACGCCGGCUUCCUCAUGACGAUUGAGGUUCAUUUCCGCUCCAAGGAGGAACCUAAGAAGGUCAUCCUGAACUAUGACCUCUUCCUGAACACAGAGCAACAGCCGCCGGUCAACCACAUCCGAUGUGAGAAGCUCACCUUCCACAAUCCGACAGAGGACUUCAGGAGGAAACUACUCAAAGCAGGCGGGGUCGGUGUGUUGCCCACAGACCCGGGCGUCCCCACCUCGCCAACCGCUCCAAGCUUGCCCAUCACCGAAGGAGGCUUCGGAGGGAAGCCCCUACCGCCAUCCUUUACAGACCCGUCCCUAUUUGCCAAGGGUAAGCCCCAAGCAGCUGCAUCCAGUCUACAGACCACCACCAAGAAAUACAAGACACAAGGGUCCAAGGAUGGCAACAAGAGCUCGACCAAGCCUGUGAAAGAGCACAAGGAAGGUAAAACUGCAUCCAAAGAGCCCAAGACAUCCUCGAAGGAGCCCAAGACAAGUUCGAAGGAGCCUAAAACGGGGUCUAAGGAACCUAAGAGCAGCUUCAAGGAGCCAAAACUUGGCUCCAAGGAACCAAAGCCUAGUUCCAAAGAGCCCAAAACGGGAUCCAAAGAGCCCAAGUCCAGCAGCAUAAAGGAACCCAAAUCUAGUAGCAAAGACACAAAAACUACCUCGAAGGAGGCUAAACUUAGUUCCAAAGAGCCCAAACCAAGCUCAAAAGAGCUUAAGACUAGCCCAAAGACAACCUCGAAAGACCCCACAAAGACAAAAACAAGCGGAAAACGACCCGCCUCUACCUCACCAGCUCCUUCAGCCUCUUCUCAGGACUCGGCUAAGAAGCGUAAACGUAGCACCACCAAGGAUAAAGACUCUAGCGAUAGGGUACCUCCUGAAAAAAGUAGCAGCGGGAAACCAUCUCCCGCGGAGAAGGGUUCCUCGGGUGACAAGCCCAAGUCGAAAGAGAAAUCCAGUAAGCCCAAAGUAACAAAAUCGUCCUCAGUAAGCCGCAGUGAUGCUGGCCUUUUUAAACCUGAAAUCGCUAUUGCCAGAAAGCCUCCUAAGUUAUUGCCAGUUGACGUCCUGAAGGAUUUGCCACCUUUUGAGGACGAGUUGAGUACGGGGGAAGGAGGGGAUCCUCAUAGUCCGAGCUCUAGCAUCAGCUUCUCUUCGUUACCCAGAGGAGGAGGUGGGGUGCUGAACACCCUCAUGGCGGAGCUCGCCGACGAGAACGAUGACGAUUAUGACGAGCCAGACAUUGACCUGCGUUAUCAUAAGUCACCCUCGCCAGCUCCGCUUCAACAACCGCCCAGUAACCACUCAGUAUCAUCUAAUGAACAAGACUAUGUUAAAUUCACACCUACCCCUCCUCCUCCUCCUCCUCCUCCUCCACCGAUCCAAGUAGAGAAGCCUAAAAACAGUCAGAAAUCUAGUGGGAGUAAGAAGAAUAACUCAAGUAACACCUCCAAGAAAGGGAGCUAUGCCAGUAAGGCGGAGCGGAAGUCGAAAAGUAACGACGGCAAAAAGAAGAGCGGCGAUGUGAAACAAAAGAACCAGAACAGCAAACCCAAAAGCUCGGAGGGGAAGCAGAAGAGCUCCGAGAGCAAGUCCAAAGCGGCUGACGCUAAGCUGUCAAAGCAGUCGGACGGCAGACAGAAGACCAUCGAUUCCAAGCCCAAGAUCACCAAAACCAAGCAGGGUGACUCUAAAUUUCCAAAGAGUUACCUCAGUGACUUGAUAUCGCUUCAUCAGAAGCUCAGUAGUUUACAGAACAGAGAUCAGCUCCAGAGAGUGGUCGAUCUUAUCGAGGAGACGGGACUCUUUCAAGUGACGGACGCUACCUUCGAUUUUGAUCUGUGCUCGCUGGAUCAGACCACCUUAACAAAGCUGCAGGAUUGCGUGAUGUUGGCUACAUAGUAAAACCCUUCCACCCACCUUGAUUUUCCCUGCAGUAGACCUCGUCGAGGGGCAUGAUGCCAUACAGUAUAUUUGUUUAAGAUCCAGGCAAGUACCAUUUGAAAUAUCAACUCAUUUGUGUUUUAGGUCAACUCGGAUAAACAAGAUCUAUAAAGUCUUUUUUGAAAAAGUGUUCUGGCCACUAAAGGCCGGUUUAUAGUCGGUCGCGCGAUAGAAAUCUUGACGCGCGAUCCAAAAAAGACACAGCUUUUAGGCCUUACAAUGACUAUAAACUGUGUCGGGCGUCGAAAUUUCCAUCGCGCAACCGACUAUAAACCGGCUUUUAAGCCACUAUGUUUAAAACUUGUAUGUGGAGGGAAAGAGUGAAGAACUUUCUUAUGGUAUAUAUAAUGACCUUCCAUUCAGAUAAAUGUUUAGUGAACCAAAACUCGAAGAAAGGUGUUUUGUAUGAUAGACAAAUCAGUCAUUGUUGCAUUCCAUGAGUUCGACUGAUUCAGAGUGAAGACUUUUUUUCACAAAAAAAACCCCAACUCAAAUCGCUAAAUGAGAAAUCUCAAAAGUUGUACUUUAUGUCCAGUUACUACAUUCAAAAUAAAAAUCAGAUGAAGAAUUUUAAUGACUAGACUUCUAAGUUCUAGUCAGUUUAAUUAAUUUUUUUUGUAUUCCCCCCCCCCAAAAAAAACAAACACUUUUUUGGGGUGUGUUUUUAAUAAGACAACUCAAAAUUACAAAAGUAAAAAAAAAAAUAACAUGUAGCAGUUACAAACUGCUUACUGGUCUAAAUUACUUUUGGUAUAAAGGUCAAACUUGUGAAUGGUCUCUCAGUUUGACUCUCGAUGAGCCUUUUGAAGGCUACAUUAAUCAUUAAGAAAGACUGCCAGGAUCAAAAUAUUUAUUAAAUAGCAUCCCCUCCGCUAAUUAGGAAAUCUGAAUCGGAUGAUUGCAGGCCAGGGCCAGGUCUUGGCCUUGGUGCCCCUUCAAAAGUUUAUCACUGUUUUUUAAGAUUUUCCAAUGGACGUGCCCUUUGCAAAAUGAAAAUGAUCUUGCCCUUUCAAAGAUGAAAUUCCAGGCCUGGAUUGCGUCCGACAACUUGAAAAAGCUUUCAUUUUGUGCAAGCACCAAUGUCCAUGUGAAUCGGCCACAAAACUUCCUGUAUUUCCCAAAAUCCAUUUGUGCUGCUAUGAAAAAUAACUUUUGUUUGAAAAGGAACGAAAAAGGAAAUCCCAAACGAUAAACAUACAAAACAUCACAGGUAUUUGAAAAAGCCUACACAAGCUCAAUUUUGUAUUGCUUGCUUGCAAGCUCAAUGUGUGUACAGAAAAAAAACUGUUUUAAGUUAUUUACAUGGUAAAUUAAUACUUAAGACUUGUUUGCUUUACUUUAUAUAUAUUUUUUUCAUUUGUUUUUGUAAAAUUGCAAGAAAUUGUUCUUUUUUUAUUGGAAAAUGUGGAUCCCGCGGUUUGUCAAGAGAUUUUUAUGACAUGAGAAAAAUGAAACCUCAAUGCAUAAACUGGUAAAAUGCAGGAUAUAUUUUUAAAAUAUUUAGUAUUUUGCAGUGAAAGGACAACAAAGCAAGUCCAUAUUUUCAUACAUUUUCUUUUUCUUUCUGAAACCGUAUAAUCUUAAAUAUUUCUGUUAAAUCCAAGGAUCCACAAACUCUGUUUUUAAAAUAAAUAACUGUGCCAAAAUGAUGUUAUGAUAUUGACUUAACUGUAAAAAAAAAAUAAUGAUAAAACAAAUCAUGGAGAUAAAUAUUUUAAAAAAGGGUUUGUUGUUCACACUUAAAAGCACUUGGUAUAAAUCAUUUUUAAACAAAACAAAAGUAAAUGCGCAAGUCCGUGGUUAAUGAAAAUGAGGCUCUUCUGCUUUCCAGAAAGUAAUUUUUGUAAACGUUUUUUUUAUGUACAUGUACAUGUAUUUAUUAAUUUAUUUAUUAGUACAUUUGUAAAUAUCUUCUUGAACAGAAGGAUUAGCUAAUCAUAUUGACACUUGAUGCUAUUUAUGAUGCGUUUGCCAAACCACGUCUCGUGCACCGGCCUCGGCUUACAGGCUCUAUCUGCCUGUUUGAGCUUUGUACCGGAAGAAGCUCAUGUUUUCAAAAUAACUAAAUGGAGCAUAAGCCAGGGCCCAAGCUAAUGCCCUGGUUUCGAAAAUGCCCUUUGUUUCAGAUUGAUUGAAACUGAUAUUUAUUUUUGCAUUUAUUUAUUUUGUUUAGUUAUUUAUUGGUAUUUUAUUAUUUUUUAUUUUUGACUGUCUUUUGAGAAAAGUCAAAAUUGAUUUGUAUUGACCCCUUGCAUAAGACGUCAAAAGCCCCAAACGGAGCUCUCAAUGAUGUCAACCAAAGACUUUUCAUUGCCUGCAAGAAUCGUGAGUGGCGCGUACAGGCAAGCACAUUUCCAUCGUUUGGCCUCUGCAAUGGUGGCUCAUGCAAGGGGUAUUAGGCCUUUCCGAAUUGGUGGCUACAUCCCCUACGACUAGAUUUCCGCGUUUUCAUGCGUUGAAAUAUAGGACGUCCAUAGCAAUGAACUUAGCUACGGUGGUAGUCGUUGCUGAAGCCGCCAAUUCGGAUACAGCCUCACAAACAGCUGCACCUAUUUAUUGUUUUGGGCUGGGCCACGAUGGCCAAUGCAAGGGGUUUACUUGGAUGUUGGGCAUGUUUAUUGGUUUUUUUUGUCCUGUUUGUUUGCUUGUUUCUAUCUUUUGCAAGCAUUGGCAUCUAUCUACACGUUUUUUUGUUGUUGAAAUGCUAAGCACUAAACUAAUGCAAGGUGCACACUAUGUGGAUUAGACCUUUAUCACGAUCUGGCCAUCUUGAUUUGACUCCAUUCCAACUCAUUGUAACCAAACUGAGGCUGGACAAAAUUAUAGUCUGGAGCCAUGUUUGCGCAAUGAAUGUUAGCAUACAUUACUGUUAUUGGGAACAUGGAACAGGUACAUGACCAAGAUGGUGCCAGUGUGAUAAAGGCCUAUUAUAGACCAAUGAGCAUUGCUGGACCAUCCUCUUUUUCCUCUUCCAUUGGAAAUCAUUGGGCCUUUUCGAAACCUCAGUCUGGGCUCUGGCUUGGGCUCCUUCAGCGAGGUUGGAACAGUGUAUAUUUUUUUGUGUGUAACCAACAUAAUAAAAGAGCCUGGAGCCUGAGCCUAAACCCUGGUUUGGAAAAAACUCACUUUGGUCACAACACAGGGGGUUGAAGGAAAGAGUCUGGUCCUUUGUGGUGGAAUAAAAGGUAUCAGUGUAUAUGAAUGUGAUUGUACACGGGGAACUUGAUAAAAAUGGUGGCAACAUGAUACAGAUCAAGAGGGCUUUAAAGAAACACGUUGACUUGGAUCGGACGAGUUGGUCUAUAAAAAGCAUUUGAAACCGUUUGUUAUGA